AUGGACGCUCUUGACCCUGACGUAGUCAACAAGAUCGCAGCUGGCGAAAUCAUCGUUGCGCCUGUGCACGCGUUGAAGGAGCUCAUCGAGAACGCGGUCGAUGCUGGCUCAACCAACCUAGAGGUCCUCGUGAAAGAAGGCGGGCUCAAACUCCUUCAGAUCACGGAUAACGGCAGCGGUAUUGAGAAGGAAGACCUGCCGAUUCUCUGUGAGCGCUUCACAACCUCCAAGCUCCAGAAGUUUGAGGAUCUGAGCUCAAUCGCCACAUAUGGCUUCCGAGGUGAAGCCUUAGCCAGUAUCAGCCAUAUCGCCCAUCUCACGGUCACCACCAAAACUAAGGGUCCUCAGCCCGCCUUCAGAGCCCAUUAUGAUAGUGGUAAGCUGGUGCCUGCAAAGCCGGGGCAGACGCCAGAUCCGAAACCUGUGGCCGGAAGACAAGGUACUCAGAUCACGGUAGAGGACCUCUUCUACAACGUGCCCACCCGACGACGGGCGUUCCGUUCGCCGUCAGAUGAGUACAAUAAGAUCAUUGACAUGGUCGGCCGCUACGCCAUACACUGCAGCAAUGUCGCCUUCUCUUGCAAGAAAUACGGCGAGUCAUCUGCAAGCGUAGCUGUCCAAAGCAACGCUUCUGCGGUGGAUCGGAUUCGAAUGAUCUAUGGCGGUGCCGUGGCCAAUGAGCUCAUCGAGUACUCUACAUCUGACGAUAGAUGGGGAUUCAAGGCCGAGGGCUGGGCAACCAACGCGAAUUACAACAUCAAAAAGACUACCUUCCUGCUCUUCAUCAAUCACCGCUCUGUCGAGUCAACUAAUAUCAGGAGAGCAAUUGAGCAGACAUAUUCUGCCUUCCUCCCGAAGAAUGGCCAUCCAUUCGUCUAUCUCAGCCUCGAAAUUGACCCGCAACGGGUCGACGUGAAUGUCCACCCAACAAAGAGAGAGGUCAACUUCCUCAAUGAAGAUGAAAUCAUCCAGGCAAUCUGUGAAAACAUCCGAAGCAAGCUUGCAGCCGUCGACAUGAGCCGGACGUUCAUGACACAGACUCUCCUUCCCGGUGGCGCUUGGUCAACAACACCUGAUGGGCAGCAGGAUUCAGAUGGCACUCCGUCGGGCUCGAAGACUAAUCCAAGGAGAACACCAGCACGGCCGAACGAAAAUAAUCUCGUCAGAACAGAUACAAACCUCCGCAAGAUCACUAGCAUGUUCACUCCAACGGCUGCAGCAAGGGGAUCACCUGCUGCUGGUGUCACUUCCGCCGCUGGUGAAACACCUGAUACAAUCGAGUAUGAAGUCAACAAUGAGCGGGAGUCUACGGUGUGCCGCCUCAGCAGCGUGAGAGAACUGCGUGCUGCCGUCCGAGACGAGAUGCAUCAUGAACUUACGGAAGUCUUCGCCAAUCAUACCUUUGUAGGGAUAGUGGACGAACGACGGCGCUUGGCAGCCAUGCAGGGCGGCGUCAAGCUUUAUCUGGUUGAUUAUGGACGCGUCUGCUACGAGUAUCUCUAUCAAGUUGGCUUGACCGACUUUGGCAACUUUGGCGUGAUCCGCUUCAGUCCCCCACUGGAUCUCCGAGAUUUGCUCAAGAUAGCUGCGGAGCGCGAGAAAGUCGCUACUCCCGAGGAAGAUGCAGCGGACUUUCACGUCGAGGAGGUGGUAGAUCUCGUAGCUAAGCAGCUUAUCGAGCGGCGGGAGAUGCUGCUCGAGUAUUUUAGCCUCGAGAUCUCGCCCGUCGGUGAAUUAAUUAGCAUUCCGCUCUUGGUCAAGGGGUAUACACCGGCCAUAGUUAAGUUACCCCGUUUCCUGCUCCGGCUGGGGCCACAUAUCAACUGGACGGAUGAGAAGCUGUGUUUUGAGACUUUCCUCAAAGAGUUAGCUACCUUUUAUGUCCCUGAACAACUCCCUCCCACUCCGGGCACAGAUGGGGAUGCAGCUGCGGAGCAAAUCGACGAAGAGCUCAAGGAGAGGCGCAAGCAUGUCCGCUGGGCAUUGGAGCAUGUCUUCUUCCCGGCGUUCAAGGCUAGACUUGUUGCAACGAGAUCUUUGAUGAAGGGUGGUGUACUAGAGAUCGCUAAUCUCAAGGGACUGUAUAGGGUGUUUGAAAGAUGUUGA